AUGGCCUCCAACGGUAACUUUGCUCAACAGGACCAGUACAAGGAACCUGCCGAGCAACAACAAACAGUCCCUGCCACCUCUGCUGCCGACGGCUCUGCUACUGCUGCCGCUUCCUCCAACAGCGGCCUGUCCAAAGACGAGGUUGGCUGGUACUUUGUUGAGCAAUACUACACCACCUUGAGCAAGUCGCCCGAGAAGCUCCACCUCUUCUACGGCAAACGUUCGCAAUUCGUAUACGGUCUUGAGGCCGAAGUUUCACCCGUCUCCGUCGGUCGACAGGACAUCCAAGAACGCAUCAAGGCCCUCGACUUCCAAGACUGUAAGGUCCGGGUGUCUAAUGUUGACUCCCAGGCUUCUUUCGACAACAUCGUCAUCCAGGUUAUUGGCGAGACCUCCAACAAGGCUGCCGAGCCCAAGAAGUUUGUCCAAACCUUCGUUCUUGCCCAGCAGCCCUCGGGCUACUUCGUUCUGAACGAUAUCCUGCGAUAUAUCGACGAGGAGAGCGAUGAUGAAUCUGCCGCGGCCCCCGAGGAGGCUGCCGAGGAGCCCGCCGCCCCUGCCCCCGCCACGGAGGAAGUUGCUGCCCCUGCUGAGCCUGAGGCCCCUCAGUCCGUUGAGGAGGCCAAGGAGGAGACUCCCGCCCUCGACCCCGAGGCUGUUGAUCACAAGCUAGAGGAGGCCACUUCUAAGGAGAGUGCGACUCUGAACGGCAGCGUGACUGAUGAGACGUCUGAUGAGGCUAAGAUCCCUGAGACUAAGACUGAGGAACCUGUCGAGACUGCUGAAGAGGCUGCUAAGGAGCUUGCCCAAGAGGAUGUCAAGGAGCCCGAGAAACCCAAGGACCCCAGCCCUACGCCUGUCUCCAAGCCUGUCGCUGCUCCUCCCGCUGCCCCUGAGAAGCCUGCCGGCCCUCCCAAGCCUAUGACUUGGGCCACCCGAGUCGGCGCUGGUAUUCCCAAGCCCGUCGUUCCUCUUUCCAAGACCCCUCCUGUGAACCAGAGCCGCGCUCCAGCUCCCGCUGCUGCCGCCCCUACAUCUCAACCCGCCGCCGCCCCUGCUACUACUGCCAAUGCCCCUGCUACCGAGUCCGCGCCCAAGGAGGCUGCUGGAUGGCAGACUGCUGGCGUUGACUCUAAGCGACAAACCCGACCUCAGUCUGUUUCCGGACCUCCCCCUACUGAGAAGGAGGGUACCCUGGGAUACGUUAAGUUCGUUACGGACAAGGUUCAAGAUGCCGAGCUUAAGAACGCUCUGGCUGCUUUUGGCGAGUUGACCUACUUCGACAUCAACCGCCAGAAGAACUGCGCUUUCGUCGAGUAUAAGACCCCUGAAGGUUACCAGGCUGCGGCUGCCGCCAACCCUCACACCGUUAAUGGCGAAAGUAUUGUUGUCGAGGCCCGUCGCCCCAAGGCCAACGCCUACGGUGGUGCUAGCUACGGAGGCCGUGGCCCCGUGCCCGGCCGCGGUCGUGGCGGAGCCGAGGGUGGUCGGUCUGGAGGUCAGGGCCCUCGAGGCAACUUCUCUGGUCAAAACCGUGGCCGAGGUGGUGCUGCUCGCGGUCGUGGCGGUGCCCAGUCUCAGAACGCUUAA